AUCCAUACCCGUAAACGGGCUUGUCAGCCGGGCCGGUGGAUAGCCCGCGCCUGUAUAGCAGUCUAACCUAUGUAGUGGAAAACGCCUGCGUACGACGACGUACAUCAAUGAUAGACCUAGCUAACAUACCCAGUCCCUAAUUCAACUACAGAAGAUCGAUGCCGUUCGUAGAAGGAAUGCCGAUCUAACAGUCGCCAUCCGUUCGGAAGUUUUAGCACGGCGGGGACCGUGAAUAACUGAAGCCGUUGCGGACCAGUUUGCUCUUGAUUUCUUUUUAGUGCAAAUAUUUACGAAGGUAAUCAUACAAAACUACGAGCAAGCAGUGUGUAUCCUUUCCCCCUUUUCCCACACAUAUCCACAAUUCAUACCAUCCCAAUCAAACAUAGAUAUCUUGGUGCUUUAGCUUUGCUUUAAUGGCCUUGCCUUCUACAGUAUGCACAUCUUACUAUGUAAAGUACAUACACUUUUGCUAUACCUUGUCACUCAUCACACAAUCGUCGCGAUCUCCGCCGCACUGACGUCUGCUUUCUCCGGUUUCAUCUCAUCCCGCCCCCCCCCCAACUACACUAGACUGCUAGAAGACCGCUGCACGGUUGCUUCGAGACGCCACGCAUGCAAUACCCGACUUCUAGAGCCAAUCUACCGUAGCACGCUCAACUUCGGGUAUCUCGGCUCGCCGGUUCCGUAACACAACAUACUCUCUAGAGUCUCUACCUGGCAGGCUCACCAGCCUACUUAGUACUAGGCAGGCGAUUCACUUAUUUAUAGCGUGGUUUUCUUUGCCGACUUCUCAAGCGCGGAGAGCGAAGGGAAUGUAUGUGCAGUUAGACGUUUUUCUUCUUUUUCCUUUAAAGCGAACGAUGUCGCGAAUAAUGUUUUGAAUGGAUAGGAUUCGUUUAUGCCCGUGUGCAAGCACCUUCCCCCAAGUCCACCGCGCUACUGUGCCUGCUUCUCCUCGAUUCUCGCCGCUGCAGACAAGACAUGCAUGUCCCAAUCCUGAUCUUGCCAACUUACUACAUACAUACUACAUACAUACGUCUUAGACGAAGCGGGUCUUGCGUCCUCACGUGUGUGUUGCCGUCAUGCUAUCUCACCUACCACGAAAGUACCUAUAACUAGAUACCUACAUGUAUUGUAACAACAUUGAACAUUGAAGGCGUCUCGUAUACGUGAGGUUUGUGUGCCUACGUAACCGCCUGUGUUACUAAGUUUACCAAGCUUACCUGGAAGGUAACGAAUACUAUUUACCUAUCGUAGUGCCACA